AUGUCAGAAGACCUUGCUAAGCAGUUAGCUAGCUACAAAGCUCAGCUUCAGCAAGUUGAGGCUGCCUUAUCUGGGAAUGCAGAAAAUGAAGAUUUACUAAAACUGAAGAAAGACUUACAGGAAGUCAUUGAAUUAACCAAAGAUCUCCUCUCAACACAACCUUCGGAAACUCUUGCAAGUUCUGACAGUUCUGCUUCUGCUCUGCCCAGUCACUCCUGGAAGGUUGGGGAUAGGUGUAUGGCGAUAUGGAGUGAGGAUGGACAGUGUUAUGAAGCUGAAAUAGAAGAAAUAGAUGAGGAGAAUGGAACAGCUGCGGUCACAUUUGCUGGAUAUGGCAAUGCCGAAGUUACACCUCUCUUCAACCUCAAGCCUGUGGAAGAGGGAAGAAAAGCAAAAGAGGAUAGCGGCAACAAACCCAUGUCCAAAAAAGAGAUGAUAGCCCAACAACGAGAGUAUAAAAAGAAGAAAGCUUUGAAAAAAGCUCAGAGAAUUAAAGAACUUGAACAGGAACGAGAGGACCAGAAAGUCAAAUGGCAACAGUUUAACAACAGAGCCUAUUCUAAAAACAAAAAAGGCCAGGUCAAGAGGAGUAUUUUUGCUUCCCCUGAGAGUGUAACUGGCAAGGUUGGAGUUGGAACAUGUGGAAUUGCAGACAAACCUAUGACACAGUAUCAAGAUACCUCUAAAUACAAUGUCAGGCAUUUGAUGCCUCAGUAACAGGGGAAAAAGGUGGAACUUCAUCUCUGCAGGGCUUUACACUUAUCUUUUUAUCAUUAUAUUUUUCUAAAAGUAAAUUAUUUGUUGGCACGUAGCAAGUAGUCCAUUUUGUCACCAUCACUUUGGCUUCAGCUGAUACGAGCCUUAAAUCUCCAGCUGUUGAUUUGACCCCCCCCGAUCAUUAAACUUUUUGUAGUUGCAUUAAAAUACAUUCUGCAGGUAAAUGCUUUCAUGAACUGCUGUUACCUGUUACUCUGAAAGCAGUAGUUACCUGCAGCUUUGAUUUCUGG